AGUUUCACCAGUGUUCUAUUUAAGCUUCUGCUCCCUGCUUGCCUUGGUACUCUGACCUCAGUGGCUCAGUAUAUCAUAUGUAGUUACAGUUCUCUGAGGCCGUGUUUGUUUGAAGGGAUUAUAAUCUCCGGACAACUACAAUAUUUUCACUAACCUCGGAGUUCAAGGAUUCAAAAAAAAAAAAUGACAAAAGCCCUGCACUCAUUUUUUGGGAUUUUUGGGGAUUUAAUUGGUUUGUUCCUAUUUCUUGCACCAACGAUUACUUUUAAGAGGAUCAUAUUAAACAAAUCUACUGAGGAAUUUUCCGGGAUACCCUACUUAAUGACCAUGCUCAAUUGCGCCCUUUCAGGCUGGUAUGGAAUGCCUUUUGUAUCACCGAACAACAUACUAGUUGUGACACUUAAUGGCACUGGAGCAAGCAUUGAAGCUAUAUAUGUGCUCAUAUUCAUCAUAUAUGCGCCCAAGAAAGAGAAGCUAAAAAUUCUUGGAAUCCUCGCCUUUGUUCUAGCCCUGUUCUCCACAAUUGCCCUCAUCUCCGUCUUUGCUCUCCACCACCAGAAUAGAAAGAUUUUCUGUGGUUUAGCUGCUGGAAUUUUUUCUGUCAUAAUGUAUGGUUCUCCAUUAUCAGUUAUGAGAUUGGUUAUUAGAACACGAAGUGUGGAGUACAUGCCAUUCUUCCUGUCACUGUUUAGUUUCCUCUGUGGUACUUCUUGGUUCAUUUUCGGGCUGCUGGGGAAAGAUCUUUUUCUUUCUGUUCCAAAUGGCGUUGGAGGCCUCCUAGGAAUAGCGCAGCUGAUACUGUAUGCUAUUUAUUACAAAGACAAAGGAAAGACGAAGAACUCAACUACAGAUAAAUCAACGGAGAUGGGGUUGGCUGGUUGCGAUCAUAAGUCUGGCAAUGAUGAGCAGAAGCUUGGGAGUGAAUAUAGGAAAGCCAGCCAAGAUAGAAGUUAAGUCGUGUGGCACCAAAAUCUGUCGCACCUGAAAUUAUAUGGCACAGCUGUGACCAACAGUAUGUAGUUUUGUAUGAUGAUGAAAUUAAUAAUGUUUGUCAGCCUCAUGCUCAUGGAGCUAACUUUUCAGUUCAGACGAAUUUUUUUGUAAUUUUCCAA